GCGGGGUGCCGGUUCUCCAGGUUUUGGUUCCCCAUGGGACGGCUUCUUCAUACCGAUAUAGCAGCCAAGCUGUUGAUCCAUAAGCAUCGUGCAUUUCAUGAUGGCGGAAAGGUAUAAAGAGAAGGCAAGAGCAAGCUCGCAAUGUCUCUUUACCAUCAUUCACAAACUACGCUACAGUGGCUGCUCUCCACACCAUGUUCUUCCCUUCAGCUCUUCUCUCACUUCCCCUGGUUGCUCAUGCUGCUCUCACAUAUCGUGGGGUAGACAUAUCCUCGCUGCUGGUCGAGGAAGAAGCCGGGAUCGAGUAUAAGAACCUCGACGGCGAAGUGCAGCCCUUGGAGUAUAUCCUCGCGGACAAUGGCGUCAAUUCUAUCCGGCAGCGCCUGUGGGUGAAUCCCGUCGAGGGAAACUAUGACAUCGACUAUAAUGUCGAGCUUGCGAAACGGGCUUAUGCCGCUGGACACAGUAUCUACCUGAACCUGCACUUGAGCGAUGGAUGGGCAGAUCCAGGCAACCAGACUACGCCCUGGACGUGGUCCACCACAGACAUCAAUGUCCUGGCCGACCAAGUGUAUGACUACACUCUGGAAGUGUUGAACGCUUUUGCGGCAAACGAUCUCCCAGUGAAGAUGAUCUCGAUUGGCAAUGAGAUCCGCAACGGACUGCUCUGGCCCCUUGGUGAUCUCAGCAGCUUUGAAAACGUGGCCAGGCUACUCCACGCCGGUUCGGCCGCGGUCAAGUGCUCCAACCUCGCGCAAACUCCCAAAAUCAUGGUCCACCUCGACAACGGCUGGAACUGGGAGCAGCAGCAGCACUUUUACGAUUCCGUCCUGGGAACCGGCAUCCUGCAGUCUUCGGAUUUUGACCUCAUUGGAGUCUCGUACUACCCCUUCUACAAUGAAGCCGCAACACUCUCGUCGCUGGAAACCACCAUUGGCAAUCUCGUAUCAAGAUACGAACAAGAUGUCUUGGUGGUCGAAGCGAACUGGCCCGUUUCCUGCCCCGAGCCAGAGUACACUUUUCCAGCCGACCUCCAGCCCAUUCCGUUCUCGGCGGAUGGCCAAGUGACAUUCCUGACAGAGGUUGCUGACGCCGUCCGCUCUGCCGGAGGAAUUGGGCUCUACUACUGGGAGCCCAUGUGGAUUCACAACGCGAAACUAGGAUCCAGCUGUGAAGAUAACUUGCUUGUCGACGGUGAUGGGCAGGUUCGUGACAGUCUGGCGGUGUUUGCCGAGCUCUAAUUUGCUCCGCUCUGAAACGGAUUGACCAUCUAUGUAGCCGGGACGCCAUGGUGAUGCCCAGCACAGUGGCUGCUGGGACAGUUGAUGUACUUGCUUGAUGUGUGGACUAUCCUCCAGUUAACUAGACUAGUCGCUCUUUCCAAACACAAAACUAUCAUCUUUGACAUCUGACAACUUCAACUGCUCCAUUCUACCAAUGAUAUAGCCGUAUCCUUGAGCGAUGGCGUUGCGCUCCGAAGGGUUAGCCGUU